UACCUUGACUUACGUUUCCAUUUUGCUUUUCUCAUCCCUGUUAGUCUGGCAGAUCAGUUCGAUCAGUCAUGAAACCACUUCCGCCCUUCCAAAUCUUUAUGGGAAUCGUCUCCCGUAAGAAGCAUCGAUCUCUGGCAGAUCAGUUGUCUGCUUGUCAAUUAUCGCACUCACGACGGAACAGGUCCUAGCCUUUGCCAGAGUAUACAUGCGGCGAACCGAGCUUGUAGUCGUGAGCUUGCGACAGGGUGAGCUGACAGGUGACCACGCUGCCAGUAGCCGCCGGCCUCAUGCUAGCGGCCGGCAAAGUUAUCAGCGCACGAUUGGCGACUUGAAAUGCUGCCAGCCACGUGCUAGCGGCCGGAAACACUGCGAGCCACUUGCUGGCGGGCGAAUACAUCACCAACCACCGGAGAUCAAGGAAAAGAGGAAAAACAAUUAGGGAAGGAGAUUAGCUAGAGAAAAUCGCUGCCAAAAAGAAGAAACGUGUGCACGAGAAACGAAGGGCACGCAUGUCCUAAUAAUUUCGGAAUUCCCGACGGAAGAUCAGUUCGAUCAGAGUCAUGAAACCACCUACGCCCUUCCAAAUCUUUGUAGCAAUCGUCACCGGAGCUACAGCCAUCUGCUUGCCAAUCAUCGCACUCACGACGUAUCAGGUCCCAGCCUUUAACAUAACCACCUUUGCCAUAGUUCUCUGUGUGUUAUUGGUUGAAUUAAUAUGGCUCUACAGACAGUCGAGCAAACAACUUCGGCCCCACAUGACUGCCGUAAUCAUCGCCAUAGUUGUAGUUUUCUCUGGGCUAACUCUUGGCGUGGUAAUAUGGAGGAUCCCUCUCGCCAUCCCCACUAUCGUGGCUAUGGUUCUGUUCGUGGUGUUCACUGUGGUUACAGCCAUUACCAGGUGGUUCCCCAGAAGAAAGUAUCAGUAUCUAACCAAUUUCGACACGAAACCACGAUCAGUUGCCAGAAGAGCACUCCUCAAUAAGCCGACGAGGACGACAAUAAUACCACGAACAGUUGCUAGAAGAGCACUCCCCGAUGAGCCGAUUAGGACGACGACGAUAGAGAAUUUUCUUAACAAGUUAGCCGAAGAAAGGCCCAUCCGGUUUUUGCCUCAGCAGCUCGCAGAGUUCACGCAAAAUUUCACAGUCAAAUUGGGGUCUGGCGCGUUCGGAUCAGUCUAUAAAGGCGAGCUCCCCGACCAAAAACCCAUCGCAGUCAAAGUCCUCGUCGGAAUCAUGGACAAGAGAAUGGAGGAGCAGUUCAUGGCGGAAGUGGGCACCAUCGCCGGCACCCAACACAUCAACCUCGUCCGUCUAUACGGCUUCUGCUACGACGACACCCUGAUCGCGCAGGUGUAUGAGUUCAUGGAGAACGGCUCCCUCGACAAGUUCUUGUUCAACGAGGACGACGUCGACACGUUACAAGAAAAUGAUCGCAAGGUGAUAGAGUUCGGAAGGCUGAAUGAGAUCGCCAUCGGCGCGGCGAAAGGAAUCCGGUACCUGCACGAGGAGUGCCAGCGGCGGAUCAUCCACUACGACAUCAAGCCGGGUAACAUCCUCCUCGACGCCAACUUCAACCCGAAAGUGGCGGACUUCGGGUUGGCCAAGCUGAUGGGCAGGGAGUACACCCACAUGAGCAUGACCGGAAUGAGGGGCACGCCGGGGUACGCGGCGCCGGAGAUGUGGUUGCCUUAUUCUCCGGUCACCUACAAGUGCGACGUCUACAGCUUCGGGAUGCUACUGUUUGAGAUGGUGGGGAGGAGGAAGAACUUCGAUUGCCGCGCGGUGGAGAGCGAGAAGAAAUGGUUUCCCAAGCUGGUGUACAAGCAAUGGGACAGUGGAAUGCUGGGAGAGGUCAUGGCGGCUUGUGGGAUUGAGCAGAAGGCGGAGAGGGAGAGAGCGGUGAGGAUGUGCAAGGUGGCGCUGUGGUGCGUCCAGUACAGCGCGGAGGCGAGGCCGUCGAUGAGCAAGGUGCUGCAGAUGCUGGAGGGAGAGAUUGAGAUCGAGCCACCGCCGAAUCCUUUCACGGGCUUGUAUGUUUCAGACGUGCCUGAUAGUCAUUGGAGUGGAGGAAACACUAAUAGUAAUGACCUUCAAAGUGUACUGCCAGUUUGAAGCUAGUCCUGGUUUUCUUCUUCUUUUAUGAAACUGAUAAUGUUUGAGGUUCGGCGGUUCUAAGAUUUCUGCUGUAAGUAGAUUUGCCUAUUCUUGAAGAGAAUACUGUGCAAUAUAAUAUCAAUCAGAACCAAUUACGCACUUUUGUCAUCA